AUGCCGAACACUGCUGUACCCGCAGUCUCUGCGCAGCAGACUCCACCGAUAACGCGCCCCUUUGGAGAUCAGGACAGAGAUCAGAGCGCAGAUGAAUCCUGGUCUGCUGUUGAUAGCGAUAACGAUCUUGUCACUCAAAAUGGAAAUGCGUCUCGCUCACUGAAACGCAAGCGCCCUCUCACAGUGUCAUGCGAGCUGUGUAAGCAACGGAAAGUCAAAUGUGAUCGAGCUCAACCAAGUUGCGGCUGGUGCGCUCGUAAUGGCCAGCUAUGUGAAUACAAAGAACGAAAGAAACCGGGUCUUCGGGCUGGGUAUGGUAAAGAAUUGGAACAACGUUUAGACAGGCUAGAGGAGGUGAUUCAGACACAGGCCCGUCUCAUUGAAACACACAUCCUACAGAGUCAGCCUCGGUUAAAUCAUGAGUUCCCUCAUGCUGCUCCCCAUUCUUAUAGUUCGCCGUCAGAACCUUCUGCUGCUCAUGGGCCAAGUCCUCGAAAUGCAGCUUACUUUAAUGAGCCAGCAUCUGUGCCAGCUCAUCCACGUCCGUCUGACGCAUCUAUUACUAGUCCUUCAGACAUCUCCGUUAGGAACGUGAUGCAUAGCCAUCUAACAGGUAGCCUAAACCCACCUAUACCUAUCCCACAAAUUUCUGAUACCACACACCCGAGUGAUUAUACGGGAAAUGAGUCAUCAUUGAAGGUACCAGUCAAUUUGUUCUCCAAUCAGGAACAGUCAUUUGCGGACCCAGAACUCGAUCUCCCACCGUACGAUCUGCUAUACGCGCUGGUCGACCUUUACUUUGACCAUAUAAAUUCGUGGUGUCCUAUUCUUCACCGACGUACGACUCUAGACACCUUCUUCGGCCCAUCCCCUCUUGAAGAAGCCGAUCGCAUGGUUCUGUAUGCUAUCGUUGCAACUACUCUGCGCUUUUCGAGUGACAGUAGGCUCAACGAGCAAAAUCGGAAGCGGUACCAUGAUUCGUCCAAGCAGAAAGUCUUGCUUUAUGGUUUAGAGAACUCCUCGGUUAAGGCGCUUCAGGCCCUGGUUAUACUGGCUUUGGACUUAGUGGGCUCCUCCAAUGGGCCUCCCGGUUGGAAACUGCUUGCCCUGAUUACGCGAUCCGUGGUUCAGUUGGGGUUGGCUGUUGAAUCCAAAUCCUCACUCAUAGCUCCCGUUUACCCUUCCAUCUACACCCUAAGAGCGGUUACUCUCCCCGACUCAGAGUCUUGGAUUGAAGAUGAAGGCAGGCGCAGACUUUUCUGGAUGGUAUAUUUCCUGGACCGAUAUUCGACCCUUGCAACAGCCUUUGAUUUUGCAUUGGACGAUAAAGAUAUCGACCGCAAGCUCCCAUGCAAGGACGAAUUUUUCAUGAAAAACCAGCCCGUCGAAACUAGAUGGUUUCACCACUCGAGCGAUCGUGCUGACUAUAUAAAGCGUGCUGAAAAUGUCGGCUCCUUCGGACUUUACGUGGAAAUUCUCGGCAUCAUGUCCCGUAUUCAUACCUUCUUGAAACGGCCCGUGGAUAUCGGCGCUUUAUCGGAUGUUGAAGAGUGGCAAGCAACAUAUCGCAAGUUGGAUGGUGAGCUAACGGCCUGGGAGUUUGGCCUUCCGGCUGAAUAUGCCUACGAAAACUCAUCUAGGUUGUUCAAUGGCUCGAAAUCAAACAAGGGCCUCCCAUGUGACUGGGUUCAACUCCAUGCCACAUAUCAAACUGCGGUAAUAAGACUCCACUCAUCGGCUGCAUACCCAACGACUCGAUCCCCGAUAUUCACGCCGUCAUACAGUGCCAGCCAGCGCUGUUUAUUCGCAGUCGAAAACAUCCUUUCUGUGACGCGCUUUGUUGUAGAUAACAACAUGCUCGAUAAGCUUGGACCACCUUUUGCCUUCACGCUCUGGGUCUCUGCGCGCUUACUACUUGUCCAUGGCUCUACGAUCGCCCAUACUGUGAGCCCGGAUAUAAUCUUCUUUGUCGAUACGCUCGCCCAGAUGGGAAAGUACUGGAAGGUAGCUGAACGCUACAGCACAAUCCUGCAGCGUGUACUUGACGAGUAUGGUGAAUAUCAACAAUCUGGUGUUGAAGAUUCCGAGCGUGUAACGCCAUCCAGUGUGAAGAUCCUCGCAGAUAUGAGGCGCUGUGCUUUUGACCUGGACUUCUUGAUAUCUCGACAGCCACGCUCGUCACCUGCAGGAAGCCAGCCGACAGUACCAACCCCGGCCGCGCAUCCACGCAACCUUGCACCAAAUGAAUUAGAAUAUCUUGAUGUUUUCGGCUUCUUCAAUGUGCCACGAGUACCUGCUGCCAGAGCUCCCGAUAUCACUGGCCUCGAUAUAAAUGAGACGGUCAACAAUCCUAUGUCAAUAAAUGGUCUUACUGGGUCUGUUGUGGAUGGUUCUGCGCCCAAUGCAAACGAAUUUAAUAUCACAAACUACUUGAUCCCGACUCCGGAGACGGACUGGUUAUUUCGCUCAGAAGGCUAA